UUCUCAGCUCUGCCCUCAGCCUCUCACACCCUCUCAGCCUUCUCAGCCCCAGGAAACAUGUCUAGCAAAACUACCGUGAGGAGCCAAAGCACCAGCCGCCGUGGCUUCAGUGCCAGCUCAGCCAGAGUCCCUGGGCUCAGCCGCUCUGGCUUCAGCAGUGUCUCUGUGUGCCGCUCCAGGGGCAGCGGUGGCACUGGGGCAAUGUAUGGAGGAGCUGGCUUUGGCAGCAGAAGCCUCUACAACCUAGGAGGUUCCAAGAGGAUCUCCAUCGGAGGGGGCAGCUGUGCCAUUGGUGGAGGAUAUGGCAGCAGAGUUGGAGGUGGCUUUGGCUUUGGAGGUGGAAUCGGCAAUGGAUUUGGUUAUGGUGGUGGAGCUGGUAGCGGCUUUGGGCUCAGUGGUGGAGCUGGCUUUGGUGGUGGCUAUGGGGGCGCUGGCUUCCCUGUGUGUCCACCUGGAGGCAUCCAAGAGGUUACCAUCAACCAGAGUCUCCUCACUCCUCUGAACUUGGAAAUCGACCCCACCAUUCAGCGUGUGAGAACAGAGGAGCGUGAGCAGAUCAAGACCCUCAACAACAAAUUCGCCUCCUUCAUCGAUAAGGUGCGGUUCCUGGAACAACAAAACAAGGUCCUGGAUACCAAGUGGAGCCUGCUCCAGGAGCAGGGGACCAGGACAGUCAGGCAUAGUCUGGAGCCUCUGUUUGAGCAGUACAUCAACAACCUCAGGAGGCAGCUGGACUCCAUCGUUUCAGAGAGAGGCCGCCUGGACUCCGAGCUGAGAAACAUGCAGGACGCAGUGGAAGACUACAAGAACAAAUAUGAAGAUGAAAUCAACAAGCGCACAACAGCAGAGAAUGAAUUUGUGACUCUGAAAAAGGAUGUGGACGCUGCCUACAUGAAUAAGACUGAACUGCAAGCCAAGGCAGAUGGUCUUGUUGAUGAGAUCAACUUCCUGAGAGCCCUCUAUGAGGCCGAACUGUCUCAGAUGCAAACUCACGUCUCUGACACUUCUGUGAUCCUAUCCAUGGACAACAACCGCAGCCUGGACCUGGACAGCAUUAUUGCUGAAGUCAGAGCCCAAUAUGAGGAAAUUGCUCAGAGGAGCCGAGCUGAGGCUGAGUCCUGGUACCAGACCAAGUAUGAAGAACUGCAGGUAACAGCGGGCAGACAUGGGGAUGACCUGCGCAACACCAAGCAGGAAAUCGCUGAGAUCAACCGCAUGAUCCAGAGGCUGAGAUCUGAGAUCGACCACGUCAAGAAGCAGUGUGCCAAUCUGCAGGCUGCCAUCGCUGAUGCCGAGCAACGUGGAGAGCUUGCUAUUAAAGAUGCCAGGAGCAAGCUGGAAGGGCUGGAGGAUGCAUUGCAGAAGGCCAAGCAGGACAUGGCCAGGCUGCUGAAGGAAUACCAGGAGCUCAUGAAUGUCAAACUGGCCUUGGACAUAGAGAUCGCCACCUACAGGAAGUUACUGGAAGGCGAAGAGUGCAGGCUGAACGGUGAAGGUGUUGGACAAGUCAACAUCUCCGUGGUGCAGUCCACCGUCUCCAGCGGCUAUGGUAGUGCCGCCAGCGGCAUGGGCAGUGGUGUAGGCCUAGGAGGAGGCAGCGGCUACACCUACAGCUCUGGCCACAGCCUUGGAGGUGGCUUCAGCUCUGGCAGUGGCAGAGGCAUCAGCGUCGGUGGGGGCCUCAGCUCUGUUGGAGGCAGCACAUCCUCUAUUAAGUACACCACCUCCUCCUCCAGCAGGAAGAGCUACAAGCACUGAAGUCCUCUCAACUCCUAUCCAAGUGCUUGGUCCCUGUGGCCACAGAGCUUCUCCUCAGGCCCCUGUUAUUCUCUGCGGUCUGCUCUGUAGUUAGAGCUGAGCAUGAGCAAGCCCCUCUUUUUACUCUUUGUACCAUUUUUCCUUAAUUGCUAGACCUCAGAAUCUUAACCUCUGUGCAACAUCAUGAUUUACUCACAUUUGAUUUCUCACUGAAUUUCUCAGUUAUCAAGGUCUUACCUGCACUGUGUUAUUGCUGAGAUUGAACACUAUAGGAGAAUUAUCCACAACACUUUGCUACGAGAAGUUCCUGCUUGGGACUUAAAAACAGCAGCUCCCCUUUAAUUUCAGUUGAUUGAAGAAUGUCCCAUUUUAUACAUGUUGUGAGAUUCUCUUGUAGUAACUAUGGUAGCACAAGUCCUCUUGUGUAUAGACCUGUAUCCCUGUGAUAUCUUCACUGCUCUUUGCUUUCUUAUAACUUCUAAAUAAAGCAGAUUUAUAAUAUAA